UACGAUUUCCUCCUCAUCAUCAAUCCUCACAAUAAUAUUACCAUUAAAUAUGCCGUAGAAUGUAGUACAUGUUAAAUGUUAAUAUGGUAAGAGUUAAUCACAAGGGGUAUUUAUCUUAUUUAUCACAUACAAUCCUAAUUUCUAUGGAUAGUGAUCCAUACAAAUAAGAUGAGUUCGGUAAAUAUUGCGAAAAGAAGAAGUCACUGGAAGAAUAUAGAAUAGGUUAUGUUGAUUAUUUUGUUUAUUAUUUAAAGUUACAAAUUUUUAUUCAAAGUAUGCAGCAAAGAGAAGAAAAACAACUUGAGUCUGCUUUGGACGCGAUUAUUCAAAGAGUAAAUGAUUUGAAGCAGUCAAUAGCAUCGAUGAUAUUUAAAAUUGAAAAUGAAUAUGAUGCUAUUAAUUGGCCGACUUUUUUGGAUAAUUAUGCUUUAAUAUCAGGACAAUUAACAUCUCUUUCCAAAGUAAUGAGUCAUGAUAAAUGUCCAGUAUUAAGAAACUUGACUGUUUUACCACUAAUGCUAUCGCCUGAAAGAGAUGAACAACUUGCACAAAUUACUGAACAUAGAGUAACAACAUUUGCUCAUGACUUAGUUCCUGAUUACCUUAGAACAAAAUUAGAACCAAUGGCUGAAACAAAAAUGAUGCAAUUGGAAAACAAGGCUUUAAGUUUGCAGUAUGAUAAUGCUCAGAAACAAAUUGCAACAUAUCAGAAGGUGGUUUCCCAUGUAUGGGAUAUUGUGAGUAAAGCACGAGAAGAAUGGGAGGUUGAGUCAUCAUCUAGAGGAAAUACGCAGCAAAAUUCAAGUGUUGCCGACACACAGCUUUUAGUUACUGCAGUUGGGAUGGGCAAAGGAUUAAAGAUGGGCCCAAGUCCGAAUGGUCAAGCAAAUCCUACAUCUGGUGGAAUGAUGGUAACACCUACAGGAAGACCAGGCGGUCCACCAGGCCCUGGCCAGAUGCCACCUACUACUCAAGCUAUGGCGAUGAAUAAAGCUCCAUCUGCUAUAAAGACGAAUAUUAAAAGUGCAGGUCAAAUGCAUCCAUAUGGUCGGUAAAUAGUUCUCUAUUGUGCGAACGUUUUAAGUUAAAAAAUAUUGCAGUCAUUAUUUAUUUUACGUCGAUAAAAAGAAUAUGUUGUGUUAGUGUACCGUGUACCUACCCUGAGCGAAUUUUAGAGUUAAAAUAACUUACUGGAUAUAAUUUAAAAAUGUGAAUUAUGGAAAAUAACAUUGUUUAUAUUAUUGUAAAAAUUCGUUAACUUUUUUGAUCAUAUUAUAAACAAUAAUUUUAUAUAUCCGAAGAAUUAAUGCCUGACUUUAUAUAAUAAAUAAAACGGUAUAAACAAAA